CCAGACGCUCUGCAGGGAAACCAGAUAACGAGACGUCGAUGAACUCCAGAGGCUCCGUGCUGUCUCAGAUCAACCCAGAACCUCCUAGAUUCAACUCUCAACUCUAAGACAACUACACGUCCCAGAGAGCAUUGCUCCUCGGCGUACGCAGACCUGCAGCAGCACCGGUUCGAUGCCGUCCAGAGGAGAGAGGUACCAGCGCCCGACUACCAGAAGGGGGACGAGGACGAGGACCUCAUUAAACCCAAGAAACUGCUGAAUCCUGUCAAAGCUUCACGGAGCCAUCAGGAACUCCACCGGGAGCUCAUGAGCAGCUGUAAACGAGGCGGGGGGGCGGUGGAGAUGAAGCCGGAGCUGCAGAGAGUCCUAGAGUCCAGGAAGAGAGAUCAGCUGAUCAGAACCAGGAAGCAGGAAGAGGAAACUCACAGGAAGGUUUCCCCUCUGGAGGCCGAGCUGCUGAAGAGACACCAGAAACUGGACCAGGUGGACAGGCAGCAGCAGAGAGAGCAGGACGACAGCAUGAAAGCUCCAGAGUUCGUCAAAGUGAAAGAAAACCUGAGACGGACGUCCUUUCAAAAAGAGGAGAAGGACGUGUAGAGACAUCUGCUGUCCUGCAGGAGAAAGACACUGUCCACAUGUUUACAGGACACACACACACACACACACACACACACACACACACACACACACACACACACACUCUGAGGACACACACACACACUGAGGAAACAUGCAUACUGAGGAUACUCACAUACUGAGGAUACUCACAUACUGAGGAUACUCACAUACUGAGGACACGGACACUCUGAGGACACACACAUACACACACACAAACAUACUGAGGAUGCAUACAUACUGAGGACACACACAUAUACUGAGGACACACAUAUACUGAGGACACAUACAUACUGAGGACACACAUAUUGUGUACACAGUUAUACUGAGGACACAUACACUCUGAAGACACAUCCAUACUGAGGACACACACAUACUGAGGACACACACACAUACUGAGGACCCAUACAUACUGAGGACACACACAUAUACUGAGGACACAUACAUACUGAGGACACACACAUA